AUGCUGGUGCUCAGAAUGGAAGAAUUGCAUGAACGGAUGCAGCACUCUUUGGUCGAUGCGAAAAUGUCAAAGCUCUCCUCGGAAACCGCGCAGACUUACUAUUUCCGAGAAGAACCAGCACAGAUAGGCCAUGGAUCUCGCUCAAGUCAACUACCGGAACAGACCAGACGUAUGCAGUCACAGUGCCGGGGGAUGACUCGUUAUCUCCAUGUCACCGACGACUCGGUUAUAGAGAAUACAUACAAGAGGGAGAUUGAUCCUCAGGAAAACGUACGCCUUCUCGGUGGAGAGAAUAGCAAGUCGAAUCUUACGUCUGGAGGACCUCCGACUUUAGUCGUGAGUCAUCAUGUACCCCCUGACAAAGCCGAAGAUCACGAUCGAGAUUCUCAAUUCAAGGCGUGUCACGCAGAAAAGCAGUUGAUUACGUACUUUACUGAUCCCCAUGUAUUCCUGCCACCGAACUCGAAACUGGAGACCAGUGUUCAGGUGAAGGAAGAGGAGCUGGAGAAGCUCUUGAAGUCAACUCGAAUAGACCAACAAAUUGCAUUUUUGGAACGGAAAAAGAGGGAUCUACAGAAGGAGCUCUUCGACGGUGACGAAAAACUCGUCAGGGAAGAUGUUGAAAUCCAGGCAAUGAAGUUGGAGCUCAAACCUGUUGAAACAGCCUUGAAUCACCAAGCCACAAGACAAAAACCUAAAGUGGAGGCCUAA